GAAUAACAAUAUCCAGAGCACAACUCCAUGGCUUGAAACAUAUUUAACUGAAAGCCCCACGUAUUGUUUCACUGACAAUAAGGAAGUUGGACAAUGUGUUAAAUUGUCGGAAUGUAAGGACAGCAACAAAUUCGACUUGCAAAGGAAACCUAUUUAUAGAAACUUCAGCUGCGACUACUUGAAGAUAUGCUGUCCAACUAUGCAAUUGAUGACUCCAACUUCACUGCCGCCAAAGAGGGCAGGUUGUGGAUGGAGCAACCCCGGCAGCUACGUAUUCCGCGACUCUUCAAAGACAUACGCCGAGCUCGGGGAGUUUCCUUGGAUGGUUGCUUUGAUGAGGAACAACCAGGACCAAGAUUGGAAUCCAAAGGAUGCCCUGGGAGGUGGAAGUCUGAUCCAUCAUUCCGUGGUCAUGACGGUCGCCCAUAAUCUCAAUGCUAUCAAUAACGACCCAUCUUUGAUAAAAUGCCGUCUUGGCGAAUUGAAUAGGCUGAAUACGAACGAAAUUUAUCCCCACCAGGACAGAGAUGUCAGGAAAGUCCUUGUUCAUGAACAGUUCUCUUUAUACCCGCUAACAUACGACCUUGCCCUAGUUUUUACAUCGUCUCCAUUCGAUCUGAGCUAUCCCCAUGUGGGGAUUGCCUGUUUAGGUCUCAAUGAGCCUGAACCGGACGCUAGUUGUUUUAGCAUGGGGUGGGGUAAGGACUUAAAUCAUGGCAAUAAAUAUGCCAUCUCGUUAAAGAAGGUACCAUUACCAAUAGUUGACCAAUGUACUUGUUCAUGGGUUUUACGAGGUGUGGUUGAUAUGUUCUGGUUAAAAACCUCAUUUAUAUGUGCUGGAGGAAGGAAUAACUUUGCCACACGCACUGGUGAUGAAGGCUCAUCACUUGCUUGUCGCACUUCGAGCGAUGGCGCCCCACCUCGUUACACAGUGUACGGUAUGUCUGCAAUUGUGUGGCAGCGAAAAGGCGUCGACUGUUGUUUAGAACUACCCGCCCUAUACGUCAACGUACCGGUGAUGCUUCCAUGGAUCACUGAUAAAUUUUAUGACGAGAAACUUGACCUUACGUUCUUCGCUUAAAAAUGUAUAAGUUAAAUAUUUUCAAUGAGCCACGGUCUAUGCGCUAUUAUUAUUAUGUAGAUAAACACACUAUAGUCCAUGCAUUUUAAACUAGGUCGUCGGCCAAUAAAUGUCACUUACAUUAUGAAUGCGCACGCAAUGCAACCCGUUAUCGAUACUUCCCUUCUUUAGCUCUCUGACUUCGACUGAUGAGGAUUUUUGAAGAACUAAGAAAUAUCCCUAGAAUCAGUAAGCGAUAAGAGACAUUAAUUAUAAGAAACAAUCUGCGCUUAUUAAAUGUCAAAGUUAAAAUAUACCGAAAAAAAUACUUAUGAAAGUAGAAUUCCCGAGUUACAGGCCGUGUGCGCCAUUAAUACUAACUUGGAUAGAACGAAGCGAGACUUAUGUAACCCAACAUUAGUUAAGUUACAUAUAAAUAUUUUAGUAACUAAUUGAAAGCGUAAACAUAAUGUAAACAAUAAUCACACUUGAUAUGAGCCCUUUAGUUUUUAAAACACUCAUAAAUUGUAUUUUAACAUUCUCGUUUCCGAUAAUGUCCAAUAACAUAAGUGUCAUUUAGAUUUAUGAAUCCUUAGAUAAGCCAAAUUCGUUUUUGUUAACCCCUUCUUUUUGUGUUAGUUAUAAGCUUAUGUUAUAAACCAUUAAACUUAGUUUUUACCCAGCUUCAA